UUCUGAGCGAGGCAGACCGAGCAGGCAGGCAGACACUGCCAGGCCAGAGUGGAGACGAAGAGAGGAAAAGAGGGAGAAGACGAGAGGAAGGGAGAGGAGUGAGCGAACGAAAGUCCCCAGCGAACCGAAAGUCGGCUGGAGUGCUGUUGCAGCUGCUGUACUUGAGCCGGAUGAUGAGUCCAGUGGUCUGUCGUUGAAGUUUUCAGGGAAGCGGAAGAGCUUUCUCUCGAGGAGGAAAAGCGGAACUGGUUGGAUUGCAGUGGAGGAGAGCGAAGGCUAGGACGGGGAGUGGAAAGGCAUUGCAGUUCGGGAAGCAUACUAGCGAGCAGCUGGAUUUAAUGAACGCCAAGCAUACGGGGACCUUAGGAAGCGCUAUGCUUGGCUCCGAUGGGGAUUUCCAGAUUUAGUCCUCUACACAUCUAUUUCUGAAUGCUCUGUCUUCCCUUCCGACCUGGCUAUUUGAGUCAGCCAUUGCGUCGCCCCCUGCAAGGAAUUUCUAGGGAUGGAGGAAUGUUGAUAGCCACUGAACUCUGUACGAGAGAAGUAGAAAAUGAAUGUUGUGAACCGACUGUUUUCUAGGAGCGACGUCUCUUAUUUUCUUUAACAUGAUCUUCAUCAGAAGAUAGCUAAGAUAGGAAGAGUCUCUUUAACGGUGGUAGGUACCCUGAGGAGGAAGCUCAGAGGUUUAUCCUGGAUUCUGCUUAUGGUCCCUACUGGUUGUUUUCACCAGGAGAUGUGUAAUUACUACGAUGGGAGGAGAAGUUGUCAAGCUUGAUCCGUCUUUUCCGGUGCCGCCAGAAGCCUUGAACGUCGUUCCUGUUUUCGCAGACGAAAGCAGGCGUUGUGAGCUGAAAUUUUUGCUUUUUUGAACCUCAUUCCCUUACAUUCUCCUUAGCGAUUGAUAUGCAGGAGCUUCUUCUGAAGCAAGAAGUCUGGUCCCGUUGUUGUUGUCGGUCUUGAAGCCCCACCGAACCAACCACUGCAAUUAUCUAGGCACUGAUUCCCUGUGGUGGAACUGAGUGUGGGCACUAUCGUCGCCUUUUGUGCUUCGGAGAGCCGUGCUUGUCGAGGACAGUACCCUAAAGACUGCAACUUUGCUUUAUGUAGCAAAGGCUCACCAAUAUGAAUCAUGGGCAUGGGAAUGGUCCCAUCAAAGUACAGAACAUGCAGGGCCAAAACAGAAAAUUUGUUAGGUUUGACUUUAUCUCUCCGCCUAGGUGCUUGCCCUUUCUCCACACCCAUUCUUUAUAAUUGUGCUGUGCUGAAUGUCAUAGUGUAGUGUAGUUUGUGCAUCGUGUCGUGUUUGAGCUUUUGCAUUAGCCUCAUUGUAUGUUGCAGUUCUUGAGUAUACAGUCUGCGUUAAAGCAAAAGUAUCUCCACAGCAGACUGAAGACGACCGUCCUGUUUCCUUGAAGCCAUCGUUGCAUUCUAGAUCCGUACGAGUACGAGAUUGUACCUUUUGCUCUUUUGGUCAGAGGAUUCUAGUCAGCGGCCGAGCUCUGAACCGUGUCUGGCGUAUCGGUCGUGUUGCACCCGAACAUCGACUUUGUUAUCAGAGUAGUGCUGCCUGGGUUUCUUUGCGGACUCUAACACGUCAAUGUUUGAUGUUAUUCCACGCAGAUUCAACAAUGAGACUGAAUCAGAUAAAGGUUCAGAAGCUAGUUUAGCUUUUCACAAGUCGUUCAGCCUUGAAAGGACAACGAGUUCAGUGAAGAAAAGUUGGGAGAGGAGCUCCAACGGUCUGAAGAGCUUGGGCCGUAGCUUGAAAUCAGGUGUCUCCAGGGUUUUCGCGGAGGACUAUCACAAUGAUCCCCUUAAAAAGUUGGUGCUGGACCCACGGAACGACUUCGUUCAAAAGUGGAAUAGGUUCUUCGUGGUUUCGUGCUUGGUGGCUGUUUUUGUGGACCCCCUCUUCUUUUAUCUCCCCGUUAUUGUCGACAAUGACAUAUGCAUUCGGAUUGAAUGGAAGCUAGCCAUCGCUGUCACAGUGCUCCGAACAACGACAGACACCUUGUAUCUGCUUCACAUGGCUCUUCAAUUUCGGACAGCUUACAUUGCACCAUCUUCACGGGUAUUUGGUCGUGGUGAGCUUGUAACCGAUCCUCAACAAAUUGCGCGAAGAUAUCUGAAGAAGGACUUUUGGUUGGAUUUGGUUGCUGUACUACCUCUUCCACAGGUCGUGAUUUGGGUGUUCAUACCAUUGUUGAAGGGAACAACAGCGGCGAAUACGAAGAAUGCGCUGCGGUUUAUUGUCUUCAUCCAGUACCUUCCUAGAUUGUUCAGAAUAUUUCCCUUGACCUCCCAGAUGGUAAAGACUACGGGAAUUGUCAUGGAGACAGCCUGGGCUGGUGCUGCAUACAACCUGCUGCUUUACAUGUUAGCAAGUCAUGUUGUUGGAGCUUGCUGGUACCUCCUAGCAAUAGAAAGGCAGGAUACUUGCUGGCGGGAUGCGUGCCCUCUUGACACAAAUUGUGUUCUAAGUUACUUCGACUGCGGAAGUAGAAGCAACGGCUUGAGUGCCGCUCGGAGCGCUUGGAGGAGCACAACAAAUGUUACUCAAUUGUGUACUUCAGCAACUGAAAAUGGUCCUUUCAAUUAUGGACUUUUCAAUUUAGCUCUGAGUAACAAGAUCACGUCGAGUGUCAAGUUUGUAGACAAGUAUUUCUACUGUUUAUGGUUCGGCUUACUAAAUUUGAGUUCAUUGGGUCAGACCCUCGCCGUAAGCACUUAUGUUUGGGAGAUUAUUUUUGCCAUUGCCAUUAUCAUCGCGGGAUUACUUCUCUUCGCACUUCUCAUCGGCAAUAUGCAGACAUAUUUACAAAGUCUUACAGUAAGACUCGAGGAGAUGAGGGUAAAGAGACGAGACACAGAGCAAUGGAUGCGGCAUCGUCAGCUCCCUGCAGAGUUGAAAGAUCGUGUGCGUCGUUAUGACCAAUAUAAGUGGGUGGCCACUAGGGGUGUGGAUGAAGGUCUGCUCCUCCAGAGCUUACCCUUGGACCUGCGAAGAGACAUCAAAAGACAUCUUUGUCUGGACUACGUGCGGAGGGUGCCUUUGUUCGAUCAAAUGGACGACCGACUAUUGGAUGCCAUCUGUGAACGGCUGAAACCUGCUCUAAACACAGAGCAAACUUACAUAGUGCGUGAGGGUGACCCGGUUAAUGAAAUGCUUUUCAUCAUCCGUGGUCAUCUGGAGAGUGUGACUACAAAUGGUGGUCGUACUGGAUUUUUCAACUUCGGUGCAUUGAAACCUGGAGACUUCUGUGGAGAAGAGCUUCUUACUUGGGCGUUGGACCCACGGCCCAGCAAAACGCUUCCGUCUUCAACCCGUACGGUGAAAGCCUUGGUAGAGGUGGAGGCUUUUGCUCUUCAAGCAGAAGAUUUGAAGUUCGUAGCAAGUCAGUUCCGGCGCUUGCACAGCAAACAGCUCCAGCAUACUUUCCGGUACUACUCGCACCAGUGGCGUACGUGGGCUGCAUGCUUCAUCCAAGCCAGGUGGAGGCGCUAUCAAAGAAGGAAGUUGUUAGAAAUACGAAGGCAGCAAGACGAGUACAGCUUGCAAGAAGCCAUGUCAGUGCAAGAUCGCAGUGGAUCGAUGUCUCCUAGUCUAGCAGCCACUUUCUACGCAUCACGUUUUGCUGCAAAUGCCAUGCGAGGGGUGCAGAGGAUGAGGAGCAUGCAUGCUGCGGAGAUGUCAACGCAUAUACCGGACAUUCCGAAACCUUCUGAGCCGGACUUCACCGUGGAAGACGAUUAGGAUAGCGUAGUGUAGUGAUGUCACGCCGUCGCAGGAGUGACGGUCGACAGUAAUGCAGAAUCCUUUUUUUUAACUUCGUGUACAGAUAUCGAGGCCUGGUACUUGGAAAGAGGGCUGACGGGGUGGGGGAGCAUUCGUAUCUGGUGUUUUCAACGCCCUAUUGCAAGGCCGACUCGUGUUAGCCCUGCCAGUGUAUCGGGCUGUUAUAUUCCUGCAGGAUUGCCUUGCAUCCUGUGCCCGUUGCCCACCUGUGUAGAUCGUUUUAUGGUGGCCAAUGUGGUCCACCUAUCUGUCAAACACGUGCCAAGUUUGUUCUAUACUGUCCACUCUCUUCCGACUUGCCUUGAUGUCAGAUGUCUCUCGCUGUCCAAGACGAUGAUGCCUUUAGGAGGUGAUACACGCUGUGGUGGCAAUUUUCGUGAGAUUUGGGAUCAUCGAGGCAAGAUGUUCGAACUUCACAUUGCGUGACCAAGACUACUUCCGAGUAGGCUGCUGCAUCUUGCAGUAAUUUAUGUAUCAUUACGCCCUCUCCAGCUAUGUAACGUGUUUGAGGAAUUCUGAGGGAUUACCGAAUUGACCAACAAGAAAAGGCUUUCUCUCUUGGCGAUGUACUAGUAGUUAUACACUAGUUUGUUGAUAGGUGUAUAUGUUGAUCAUGUGUGGCUGCUCUCUCUUUAGGAUCACAGAUUCGAACGUCCAUAAACACAUUUUUUUCCCUUGGUAUGGCGGAGAACUCAAUCUUGUUGGACUUCUCGCCUGGAACCGAUGCGCAUCUGCUAUCCAGUCCCUGCACUGCAAGCGGAUCGCGUGAAUCAUGGCAUUUUCUGUUCAAUCUCAAAUUAUAAAUAAUAUUCUCACUUGGGAGCUGCACAAAAAAGUUCCACGUC